CUACAUUUUCAGACACCUUCACAUUAUAUGUGAUCGUAGAGCUAAAUUAUUUCUUAUUAGGUAUUAAAGAUUAUUAAAUUUCUUACUUACACGGUGACUAUACCCUUAUUAAACUGCAUUUUCCACCGUCGCUGACGAAUUUACAUAUAACUACGCUUCUAACUACAGCUCGCGAGCUGUAGUUCGAACUACACAACUUAACGACAGUGUUUGCGAACGUUCGUUCGAACUAUGGUUUCGAGAAACACCUGCGUCGUUUAACGAUGCAUCGUACCACGGGGCGGAGCAGCUGACUGUUUACGCAAUGAGGGCGGCCCUCCUUUCUCCACGCCUGCGCAGAGCUUGCAAUCUGAGCCAAGCCAGCAGUAAGCUCUGCCUUCCCAGAGAUUUCAAGAAACACCAUGGACAUGAAACCUGUCCUGCCCACAUUCAUGGGGAAGAAACUGGAGGAUGACAGAGUAGAUAUGGUGGGACAAGGGGACCAGAUGUGGAGGUGGGACGCAGCGGAUGCCGUUUAUGGAAAUUCCAGCCUUGCCUACAGCACAAACUCUACCCUGGCCACCCGCAACGUCUCCAACAUGACUGGCGUCACUCUGUCUCAUCCUUACUACCAGCACUCAAUGACUGUGGCCGCCAGUUUCAUCAUGGCCUACUUGUUUAUCUUCUUGCUGUGCAUGGUGGGUAAUGGGCUGGUGUGCCUGAUAGUGCUGAGAAACCGCUGCAUGCGAACCGUCACCAACCUCUUCAUCUUCAACCUGGCCAUCAGUGACCUGUUGGUAGGCGUCUUCUGCAUCCCAACCACACUUGUGGACAACCUCAUCACAGGCUGGCCUUUCUCCAACGCCGUGUGCAAGCUGAGCGGCCUGGUUCAGGGGACGUCUGUGUCCGCCUCCGUUUUCACUCUGGUGGCCAUUGCUGUGGACAGGUAUCGCUGCAUCGUUUGCCCGUUCAAGCCGAAGCUAACGCCACAGGUAGCGAGGGUGACGAUAGCGCUGAUCUGGAUCCUGGCGCUACUGAUCAUGUGCCCCUCAGCCGCGAUGCUGCUGGUCGAACAGGAGGAAGGUCACUAUAUGGUAGACAGCGAGGACAUCAACAAGACCUACCCUCUCUAUUACUGCUACGAGAGCUGGCCUGAGCCAGAGAUGAGGAAGGUCUACACUACAGUCCUGUUUGCUCACAUAUAUCUCAUACCCCUCGUCCUCAUCACCCUGAUGUACUGUCGUAUCGGGGCCAAGCUGUAUACCACCGCAGGACUGACAGCUGCCAGGAUCCCCGAAAGGCUGCCCCCUAAUGGUUCGCAGGGGAGAGCAGCCAUAUCGCCCAAGAAGAUCAAGGCUAUAAAGAUGCUGAUAAUGGUAGCUUUGCUCUUCAUGCUGUCCUGGUUGCCACUGUGGACCCUUAUGCUUCUGAUAGACUACGUAAGGCCAGAAGGAGCCCAGCUAGAUCUCCUGACAGGGUACAUCUUUCCCUUUGCUCACUGGCUGGCCUUUUCCAACUCCAGCGUCAACCCCAUCAUCUACGGCUACUUCAACGAGAACUUCAAGAGAGGUUUCCGGGCUGCCUGGCAGGCUGGGCUGUGUGGCCGCUGGCGAGAGUGGCUUGGCGUCAGAGGAGAGAGAAGGGUGUGCACCCACCAGGAGACAGCAGUCAACACCCAUACCUUCAUCCUCGGGUCAAGGAACAGAGUGCAUACGGACGGUAGCCAGACAGACUGCGUUCGUCUGGAAAUGGAGCAGAGGAAGUUUGAGGUAGUGGGGAUGCUGUGUCCAAAAUCAGCAUGAUGUGCAGAUGAGGGUGAAACAAAGGAUCGAACAAACAAGAGGUCACAUGACAUGGAAGGAGACGCAGCACACGUUCACUGGAGCUGGGGCAGGCCGGGCAUAGACUCUGGAUGUUUGCGGACACAAGCACCUUAGCACAGGCAAACAGCAAGUCCUACUAUGACGGAAAUGAACUCCGAAGAAACCCAUUAAGUGUGCUGCUCACAUAUGGUGCUGCCCAUACAUUUGGAAGAAAAAGUCACCAAAUAUGCAUAUCCAGUGGGUUACUGGCCAGUUAAUGUACUGUUCCAGUGAAACAAAGGAAGGAAUUUAUAGAGAGAUCCAGGAACUCGUGCAUGUACUCAUUACAAGGUGUUGUGAUGUUUAUCUGAAAGGUUAAUAUUGUCUAUCAGAUAGCAAAACUGUUCCAUUGUCUUUUGAUUUCAGAAUAUAUUGAUUAUAACUGCUUUCCACGCAUGCAUUAGAUUGUAACACAGCAUGCAGUAGUAAAAAAGCCAGUAUUGUGAGCAUUAAGGCUAAGUGCUAUAUGAUUACUCUCUGUAGUAUUUGCGUAGUAUCAGUGAGGUUCCUUGUGUAUUGAUUAUGUUUCAGCAAGACAUAGUGGCAAUAUUUGUUUGAUAUGAUUUUCAUUUUGCUGUGUUUUUUGCUUUGUGUUGUAUGUUUUUAAACUUGUGGCAAUUUGGUUGUGCUCAGCUGUCUUGUCAGUCGAAAUGGCAAAGCAACCCCUGAAAAAGCUUGAACGUAGCAUUUCCGGUGUGCCAGUGCUCUGCAUCUUAAUGCCGUUGACUAAUUGCUAAUUGAUCUAACAGAUAAUAAAUGGUGUGGCAGCUCCUA